AUGUGCACGCAAAGCGCAAUUAGCGUCAGCAUCUCUCAGACAUCGCCGGGCAGGAUAGCUUCGACUAUCGCUGCUGUAUUUGACGCUGCGAUUUUGAUCCUUCUCGGAUGGCUAAUUGCAGCUGAUAUUUUAUCUACAUUCCCGGGGCAGUCGAAACUCUGGCGGGGGAUUUUCUUUGGUCUCGAAAUCACGACUGGUGUAAUUGCGACAGUAACGUCGCUCGUUGGCUUGGUGUACUUGACAAAGCACGAUGGAGGCGCAAAUAAACACCUCCUCGUCGGAUCUUCUGUCACUCUUGGACUGGCUGUUUCCAGUCAACUCGUAUAUACUAUCUACCAGGUCUUGCCCGCUUCAACGGACGCCACUGGCAUCUCUUGGCCAGCCCGCAAAGACGAGGAGUCGGGACGCGCGCGCAAGAUCAACCUAAAGGCUAUUAGAUACAGCCAGACGAUGCCCAUCGUGGAUCAACCCAGCCCCAUGGCGCAGCUGGAUGGUCGAGGAAGUCGAAGCCGCUCUAAUUCGGCUGACGGCAAGUCAAUAGCUGAGACCGUUGCAUCGUCCGUGACUUAUGUGGCUCAGUCAAUCCGGUCCGUCUCGAGCAAGUCAAAGAUGCGCUCCUCCAAGGAGAGGAGCCGCUCCAUGUCGAUUGAGUCAACUGCCAACCGAAGCACCAUGGCCGACGAUGCCUUUGAUUCCUGGGACACCUCCUCGGUAGACGUACACAACCGAGAGGCGGUGCUGGAGAUUUCGACACCCACGCAAAGCAAGCCUCGCGGGCUGGAAACGAUUCCCGCCAGCCCCGUGGCCAGCCGGAGUCCGUCACCACAAUCCUUCACUGAACUCGAGCCGCCUCGUAUCCAAACUAGACGCCGCAGCCGAAGCUACAGCCCUGUGUCCAUUCGACGUGAGCUUCGUGAUCUGCCAAGCUCAAGCGGCGAGGCUCACAUCCACCCUCUGUUCCGAUCCGACUCCCCUGACCCGCAUCCUUUCGCCACGCCUGGCACCAUUGUCAUGGCGGCUCCAGAUGCAGCGCGGGUCAUUGUCCAUCGAUCAAGCAAUGCUUCUCUCAACCGCUUCCGAAGCGACAGCUUGCCAAUUGCACCCCACCCCUUCGCCAGGCAGGAUAGCUUCGACUCGAGAUCGCUCAAGGCUUACCGAUCUGAGUUGGAUCUCAGCGGGCAGGACUUUGCCGAUAGGGGAAUGGCACCUCCUGCGCCUGAAUGGCUACGGAGGGAGCUGUGA